GUGGGGGGUAUCCAGAAGAAGCCUUCUGAAUUGUGGUUUUCUCUUGUCUGUGUCCCAGAGACCUGAUGGAUCAAAACAUAUUCCGCUUCAACUUUAUUAAUGACGCUUCCGUCCGUGGCCAGAAACAGACCUACCUGUGCUAUGAGGUGGAGCUCCUAGAUGGCAACUCCUGGGUCCCGUUGGAUGAGGGCAGGGGCUUCCUCCUUAAUCAGCCACGCCGCCAUGCAGAGUUGUGCUUCCUGGACCGGGUUUCUUCUUGGCAUCUGGACCCCACGAAGCACUACAAAUUCACCUGGUUCCUUUCCUGGAGUCCCUGCCGUAACUGUGCCCAGGAAGUGGUUGCCUUCCUGGGGGGGAAUAGCCACGUGAGCCUGAGCAUCUUUGCCCCCCGAAUCUAUGAUUACUACUCGGGAUAUGAGGAGGGCCUGCGCUCACUGCAGGGGGCCGGGGCCCAUGUGUCCAUCAUGACCUCUACAGAGUUUGAGCAUUGCUGGAGAACCUUUGUAGACAACCGUGGAUGUCCCUUUGUGCCCUGGAAUAGGCUGGAUGAAAACAGCCAAACCAUAUCGAGGAGGCUGUAGAGUAUUCUCCAGAAUGGAAACAACUGA